AUGUGGGGUUUCCCGCUGGAGCAGGGCCUCGUGCAGGGACAAGCCACCAACAGAAGCUCUGGUAAAAAGGAGGAAAUUACAGUCUUCUGCUGCCAAAAGCUGCAGCCACGAGCUCCAUGCUGCUUCAUGGGGGUCUGGCUGACAGAAGAAACUAGCGACUGCAUCGUCUUGAGGAAAGAGGCCUCUGCAGACAAAUGUUUCAUCGUGUCUUUGACCAUCCACCUGCUCCGAUGGCUGAUAAAGUCUGGAUCAGGUUUAAACAAACGCGGGUCACCAGAGGACAGCGACCAAACCAACCGCACCAGCCAAAAGAGCCGUCACUAA